AUUUCCAUGAUAUCACCAGAAAGAGAAAUCGUCAAAUUUGCAUCACAGGUUAAAGCAACUGGGAACGUUGAAUAUUGGCUAACAAGAGUAGAAAAGGAGAUGGUAAAUACAUUGCGGACAUCCAUGUUCAUAGCCAUGGGAGAUUAUGACAAAACUCCUAGAGAAAAAUGGGUUUUGUUACACGCUGCUCAGCUCAUAAUUGCGGUAUCUCAGAUGAUGUGGUGUCGUAACGUCCAUAAAAUCCUUAAUCUAAACUCUAACAUACAAGAAAAAAUGGUUGAAUUUGAACAAAAAUGUUUUAAAUUAAGUAUCUUUGACUUGAAUAAUUUAGCAGCUAUGGUUCGAGGACGUUUAACUGCACUUCAACGUUCCGUAAUCUGCUCAUUGAUUACAAUAGACGUUCACGCGAGGGAUAUAAUAUCAACUAUGGUAAUCCAUAAGAUCAACAGUGAUUUAAAUUUUGAAUGGCUAAAACAGCUUCGCUAUUAUUGGGAUACUGUGGAUGGUUGUGUUGCAUUCAUGGCCAAUGCUCGUUGGCUAUAUGCAUUUGAAUACCUGGGUGCAUCUCCUAGAUUAGUCAUUACACCGUUAACUGACAAAUGUUACUUGUGUUUGAUGGGUGCACUUCAGUUAAAUUUAGGUGGUGCACCAGCUGGACCUGCAGGUACUGGAAAGACUGAAACAACCAAGGAUCUUGCAAAAGCAUUAGCUACACAAUGUGUUGUAUUUAACUGUUCUGAUGGUUUAGAUUAUAAGAUGAUGGGUAAAUUCUUCUCCGGCUUGGCUCAAUCAGGAGCGUGGUGUUGUUUUGACGAAUUUAACCGUAUAGAGAUUGAAGUCUUAUCUGUCAUCGCGCAACAACUGAUAACUAUCAUGAAUGCAAAAUUGAUAAAUGCCACUAAAUUCAUGUUUGAAGGUCGUGAGAUUAGACUUGUGAAAACUUGUGCAGCAUUCAUAACAAUGAAUCCAGGAUAUGCUGGAAGAAGUGAAUUACCAGAUAAUUUACAAGCAUUAUUUAGACCAAUGGCAAUGAUGGUACCGGACUAUGGUUUGAUUGCUGAAGUUAUAUUGUACUCUGAAGGUUUUGAGUCAUCAAAAAUGUUGUCUCAAAAAAUGGUAAAAAUGUAUAAAUUAUGUAGUGAACAGCUUUCUAUUCAGGACCAUUAUGAUUUUGGAAUGAGGGCUGUAAAAAGCGUUUUAGUAAUGGCAGGUUCAUUAAAACGACAAAAUCCUUUCAUCAACGAAAAUUUAGUUUUAAUUAGAGCUUUGAGAGAUAGUAAUUUGCCGAAAUUCCUAAAAGAUGAUGCUAUACUUUUCCAGGGUAUAUUAAAUGAUUUAUUUCCUGGAGUUGUCUUACCAGAACAAGAUUAUGGAAUGUUCCUAUCCACAACCAAACGUGUGAUGGAAAAUUAUGGCUAUCAAAUUGAAGAAUGUAUUUAUGUAAAAGUUAUACAGCUAUUAGAGACAAUAAUUGUACGACAUGGUAUCAUGACUGUUGGUCCUACUGGUGGUGGAAAGACAAGCGUUUUAAAAAUACUUAGUAAAACAUUAACAGAACUUUACAAUAAUAAAAUAGAAGAACAAUAUUACAGACCGGUAAAAAUAUACCAACUAAAUCCCAAAGCUAUUACUAUGAGUGAACUUUACGGUGAAGUAAAUCUCCAAACCAUGGAAUGGAGAGAUGGAUUACUCGGAAAAUUUGUAAGAGAAACAGUUCAAACAGCAAAAGAAAUAUUUCAAUGGGUAGUAUGUGAUGGCCCUGUAGACGCAAUAUGGAUCGAGAACCUUAAUACUGUACUUGAUGAUAACAAAAUAUUAUGCCUAGCCAAUUCAGAACGCAUAAAAUUGAGCUCUUGGGUUAGAAUGAUUUUUGAAGUUGGUGACUUGUCACAAGCGUCACCGGCGACAGUUAGUAGAUGUGGAAUGGUUUACGUAGACGCAGCUGAACUAGGAUGGUUGCCAUAUGUACGUUCGUGGAUAAAUAGAUUGAAAAAUAACGCAAUUCAAAAUAGCGAGGAAAUAAAAAAAUAUCUAUUGAAACUAUUCGAAACUUAUGUGUACGAAGAUGAUUCUUCUCAAAAAAAAUUCGAAUAUUUAGUUUUUAAUCAAUUUGAAAAUCACUCCGAAUUUUCCAUUUCACCUGGAAUUAAAUUAUUUGAUAUGUACCUAAACACGGUAACUAAAUCAUUCGAAAAUUGGGAUACUAUUGUUCCAAAAUUUGUUUAUAAUGCAGAUACACCUUAUUUUGAGUUACUAGUACCUACAGUAGAUAGCAUUCGAUACGCAUAUGUAAUGCAAAGGCUAGUACAAAUGAAUCAACCAGUAAUGCUAACUGGAAUAACAGGGGUUGGAAAAACAUCAGUCGCAAAUUUUGUUAUGCAAAAUUUGACAACCACAGAUGAUUGGAUAACUGGAAUAAUAAAUUUUUCUGCUCAAACCAGUAGUAAUAGAACUCAAGAAAUAUUAGAAUCAAAAUUGAUAAAGAAAAAACGAAAUCAUUUUGGUGCACCAGGAAAUAAACGUUUGGCGAUUUUUAUUGAUGACGUCAACAUGCCAAAGCCAGAAGUCUAUGGAGCUCAACCACCUAUUGAAUUACUAAGACAAAUUUUGGAUUGUGGGGGCAUGUACGAUCGAGAUAAGUUGGAUUGGAAAUAUAUAGAAAAUUUAAUAUUGUGUACUAUUUGUGCACCUCCGGGUGGAGGUAGAAAUCCAUUAACCCCGAGAUUCACAAGGCAUUUUUCUAUGAUAUUCAUACCAACUACAAGUGAAAGUGCUAUGAGAACUAUAUUUUCUUCCAUUUUGAAUGGGUUUUUUGAAGAAUUCCCACAGGUUAUAGCUAAUUCGUGCCAAGAAGUAGUAGAAGCUAGUAUCGAUGUGUAUUUACGUAUAUCAGAAGAUCUAUUACCUACUCCUGCAAAGUCACAUUAUGUAUUUAAUCUUAGAGAUUUGUCAAAGACUAUACAAGGAGUAUUGCAAGCGGAUUUUGUCACAGUUCCCGAUCGAAAACAAUUACUAAGACUAUGGUAUCAUGAAACAUUGCGUGUUUAUCACGAUCGUUUAGUUUGUCAAGAAGAUAGAUCAUAUUUUCACAAUCUUCUUCAAAGCGUGUGCAAAAGUUAUUUUGAAACAAAAGUGUUAGAAUUUUCUAACUCUGACAAAAAUUUAACGCGGCCUCCUAUGUUAAUAUUUGGCGAUUUCAUGAAUCCUAGUUCUAAUGAGAAUCGAAUUUACGAAGAAAUAACCGAUAUUGUAAAAUUAAAAAAAGUGUUGACUGAAAAUUUAAUGGAUUACAAUAUGGUAUAUAAUAAAGACAUGAAUAUAAUAUUUUUUAUGGAUGCCAUCGAGCACAUAACUCGUAUAGCAAGGAUAUUGAGAUCUGAAAGAGGAAAUGCUUUACUUGUUGGAGUUAGUGGUAUGGGAAAACAAUCACUGACUAAAUUGGCAUCACAUAUUAAUGAUUACAAAUGUUUUCAAAUAGAGUUAACAAAAUCGUAUGAUCAUACUACUUUCCACGAAGAUUUAGUUAAUCUUUAUUAUAAAACUGGUGCAAAAUUCGAAGACACGACGUUCUUGUUCACAGAYAAUCAAAUUGUACAAGAAGUAUUUUUGGAAGAUAUAAACAAUAUAUUAAACUCUGGGGAUGUACCAAAUCUGUUUAAACAUGAUGACCUGGAGAAGGUCAUUGUUGCUUGUCGAUCAGCAGCUGUUGAGUCAGGAAUCAGUAGUGAGAACCGUGAUGCAAUAUUUAGAUAUUUUAUACAGAGGGUACGCUCUAAACUCCAUCUCGUAAUAUCUAUGAGUCCGAUUGGUGAUGCUUUUAGACGAAGAUGUCGUUUAUUCCCUUCAUUAGUAAACAACUCAACGAUCGAUUGGUUUGAUGACUGGCCAAAAGAAGCACUAUUAUCUGUAGCACAUAACAGCUUAGGGAUGUUUUCACAAACCGGAAAUUUGAUUACUAAUCUAACAAACAUUUGUAACAGUAUGUAUGAAUCAGUUAGCGAAGCAACAACAAAAUUUUACGAUCAAAUGAGAAGACACUACUACGUAACGCCUAAAAGUUACUUGGAGUUUUUAAAACUGUACUUAAAAAUGCAUGAAUUACAAACCAAUAAGAUUAAAGGUGAAUCUKACCGUAUUUCAAAAGGGUUAGGAAAAUUGUAUGAAACUUUCAAUAUGGUAGGAGAGAUGAAAAAAAAAUUAAAAGCAAUGGAACCAGUACUAUUUGAAAAAAACGAAGCUUCAUUGAAACUAAUGGAAAAUCUAACAAUUGAAAAAGCAGAAGUAGAUAAAGUGCGAGAAGUAGUACUUUUGGAAGAAUCUGCAGCGAAAAUAAAAGCUGAUGCUGCACAAGCMAUUGCUGAAGAUGCACAGAAAGAUUUAGCCUUAGCUAUGCCGGCAAUGAUCGCAGCUAAAGCGGCUUUAGAGGCCCUAAACAAAAAAGAUAUAAAUGAACUAAGGGUGUUUAAUAAGCCUCCUAAACUUGUUCAAACUGUUAUGGAAGCUGUAUGUCUAUUGUUGGGAAAAAAAACUGAUUGGGCUUCAGCUAAACUUGUUUUAGGGGAUAGCAAUUUUCUAAAAACUCUACAAGAAUAUGAUACAGAUAACAUAUCAGACAAAAUGAUUAAUCUAAUUAAACCUUACAUAGACAAUCCGGAAUUUGUUCCAAAAACAGUAGCGUAUCAAUCCGGAGUGGCUAAAUCCAUGUGUAUGUGGGUUCGAGCCGUGUAUAGUUAUUCUCUAAUAUUUCGAAUAGUUGAACCGAAAAGAAAAAAACAACAAGAAGCUGAAGAUGAACUUAAUAUUGUUUUGACCGAAUUAAAAGCGAAACAAAAAAUGUUAGCUGACGUCCAAGCACGUUUAAAAAAACUCGAAGAUAUUUAUGACCAAAGUGUUUCUGAAAAAAACAAACUGGAAUUAAACAUGAGUAAAACACAAUCACGAUUAAACCGAUCUGAUUUACUUGUUGAAGCUUUGAGUGAAGAACAGCUAAGAUGGRAAAAUAAUAUACAAAUACUUUCUCAACGUUUAUUGACGGUGACCGGUGACACUAUAAUUGCAGCCGGGAGUGUUAAUUAUUUGGGACCUUUCACAGACGAGUAUCGUAAAGAUAUAACUAAUUCGUGGCUACAACAAUUAUCACAAUAUGAAAUAAAACAUUCAGAAAAUUACUCAUUGAGCUCUGUACUAAUCGAUUCGUUUGAGUUACGCUCGUGGAAUAUGUGUGGCCUCCCUAGGGAUUCGGUGUCAACAGACAGUGCGAUAAUCGUGACAAGAGCAAGUCGUUGGCCACUGAUGAUAGAUCCCCAAGAACAGGCAAACAAAUGGAUCAAGACCUUGGAAAUGGAUAAUUCGUUGAAAACAUGCAAAGGUACGGAUUCAGACGUCAUGAACGUAAUCACUGAUGCGGUAAGACUGGGGUAUACGGUUUUAAUAGAAGGUCUCGAAGAACACAUUGAUCCCACAUUAAGACCAAUAUUGGAGAACAUAACAUUUUCACGAGGUGGACGGCUGUUAAUGCGCAUUGGUAAUACUGACAUAGAAUAUGACGAUCAGUUCAGAUUCUAUAUGACAACAAAAAUGUCUAAUCCACAUUAUUUACCAGACAUAUGUAUACAAGUUACGCUGGUAAAUUUUACUGUAACGCCUUCAGGAUUAGAAGACCAGUUAUUAGUAGAUGUUGUGCGAUUAGAAAUGCCUGAUUUAGAAGCAAAGCGGACUGAAACCAUUGUGAGUAUAAACGAUGACAAUAAUUUAUUAAAAGAAAUGGAAGACAAGACGUUAAGAAUGCUCAAUAUGUCAAAAGGAAAUAUACUGGACGAUGAAGAACUCAUCGAAACACUUAAUAACAGCAAGGAGACGUCUAUUAUCAUCGCUGGACGUUUAAUAGACGCAGAAGAAACGGAACAAUACAUCGGGGUGGCUCGUGAGCGUUAUCGAGUGGUAGCUAAUAGAGGAUCAUGCCUUUAUUUUGUUGUAGCUCAGCUUUCUGAAAUUGACACUAUGUACCAAUUUUCAUUGAAUUAUUUCAGUUCCAUAUUUUGCAAUGUAAUUAAGAACUCUGACAAAAAAAUGAGAAUAGAUAUUAAAAUGCCUACCAUGAUCGAAGAUAUUACCCAGGCUGUUUAUACAAAUGUUUCUAGAGGUUUGUUUGAACGCCAUAAAUCAAUAUUUAGUUUUUUGGUCAGCGUCAGUAUAAAUUUGCAAUCGGGAAAAAUCACAKAUGACCAAUGGAACUUUUUGUUGCGUGGGCCCCUAGGAAAAGUAAAAAGGAAAAUGACGAUAAAACCAGCGGUAUUUGGGUUAACAGAAGACAUUUGGAAAACUGUAAACUAUAUGUCUGAAACAUUUACUGCUUUUAAACAUCUUCCUGAAAACUGUACCGGACCAAUACAAAUCUCACUAGGCGAGUUUAUUCAAGAUAUUCAUUUAGAUCACAAAAACAAUAACAUUUCUGUAAACUGGAAUACAAAAUUAAAUUCAUUUGAAAAACUUAUGAUGAUUAAAGCGUUCAGAGAAGAAAAAUUAAUUUUCGCAAUUACUAAUUACAUCAGCACUGAACUCGGAAAAACAUUUAUUGAAAGUCCAAGAGUUUCACUCCAAUUAUUAUACAAUGACACGUCUCCAACCAUACCAUUGAUUUUCAUUCUUAGUCCUGGUUCAGAUCCAUUCGUAGCAUUCCAAAAGUUUGCUACGGAAUUCGGCAUGAUAGAUAAAUUAUGUGCAAUAUCUUUAGGUCAGGGCCAAGGACCUAUAGCAGAAAAACUUAUAAAAAAUGGUCAAAAAGAAGGCAACUGGAUAUUCUUGCAAAACUGUCAUUUAGCUUCAUCGUGGAUGCUUCCUAUGGAAAAUUUAGUUCAAAAUCUAAUCGAAAAUCCAACAAAUAUUAAACCUGAGUUUAGACUGUUUUUAAGUUCAAUGCCAUCAAAAAGCUUUCCAACUUUCGUCCUACAAAAUUCAUUGAAAGUUACAAACGAACCACCCAAAGGCUUACGAGCAAAUAUGAAAAGAUCGUUUACAGACAUAAAUAGCGAUUUCUUCGAAAACAAUGCAUUCAGCUCUAGCUGGCGGAAAAUGGUGUUUGCGCUGUGCUUUUUUCAUGCUAUCAUAUUAGAAAGAAAGAAAUUUGGGUCGCUUGGAUGGAACAUAGCAUACUCGUUUACUGACAGUGACCGUGAAUGCGCUAUGCUAUUGUUACAAAUGUAUUGCUUAACUGCAAAAGAAAUCCCUUGGGAUGCUUUACAGUACGUUACUGGUGAGAUAAAUUAUGGAGGUAGAGUUACCGACUCUUGGGAUCAAAUAACAUUGAAAACAGUACUUUUGAAUUUCUUUGGUCCACACACCCUCAAACCAGGCUAUAAAUACUCCAAGUCUGGUACUUAUUAUUGUCCAGAAAGUGCGAAUUGCACUACUGUUGAUGAAUAUCAGCUAUUUAUUGAUAAACUGCCAAUAAUUGAAGAACCGGAAAUUUUCGGAAUGCAUGAAAAUGCGAACAUCGCGUAUCAAACUAAAGAAACACAAGAAGCAUUAUUAACAAUCAUUGAAGCAUAUCCGAAAUCACUAACAGGCACUGCUGGUAAAUCAGACGAUGAAAUAGUUAUGGAAAUGGCCAUCGAUAUUUCCGAAAGACUCAUGGAUGUCAUAGACUUAAGUGAAGCUCAUUUCACAAUAAUGAAUAAAGAUGAUAAAGGAAGAUUACCUUCUUUAUCUACAGUACUAUCACAGGAGAUCGAAAGAUUUAAUAAAUUACUUGACAUCAUUCAUAAUUCUUUAAAUGACUUACGUAAGGCUAUCAAAGGACUCGUGGUCAUGUCUGCAGAAUUGGAAGGAGUUUAUGUAUCAUUUAUGAACAACAUGGUACCGAAAAUGUGGUCUAAUAAGGCAUACCCCUCGUUGAAGGCUUUGGGUAAUUGGGUUAAUGAUUUGGCACUUAGACUUGAUUUUAUCAACAUAUGGAUGAAGUUUGGUAGUCCUCCUUCAUACUGGAUAUCAGGUUUGUAUUUUCCACAAGGUUUCAUGACUGGAUGUCUACAAAGACAUGCUAGGAAAUAUGCCAUACCCAUUGACAGUUUGAAAGUUGAUUUUGAGCUUACUCAAACCAUUCUGGCACAAGAAGAAAUCGCCGCUGUUCAUACAAUCGCCGCGAAAGAAGACAACAACGCUUAUAAAGGCCUAACAAAAUUGGAAGACGGCGUUUAUGUGCACGGCCUGUAUCUGGACGCCGGGCGCAUCGAUCCUACCACCAGCCUUCUGGUCGAUCCUACGCCCGGUGACUUGUAUCCUCCAAUGCCCGUUAUACGACUAAUACCGACUGUCAACUUGGACGAACAUAGUUUGAGGUACAAUUGCCCUCUGUAUAAAACUUCAGCCAGAGCUGGGGUUCUUUCGACCACCGGACAUAGUACUAAUUUUGUAAUUGCUGUAUUGUUGCCAACUGACUUUCCAGGGAGCUAUUGGACCCUCAAGGGCACCGCUCUUAUCACACAAUUAACAAAUUGA